AUGAAUUUUAUUCAAUCUCCUCUUCAUAAUCAAUUUGAUCUUUAUUCUAUUGUCCGCACCUACAAAUCAUUGCAAUCAACAAUAACAACUCAUUAUAAUAUCAGAAGGCUCACUUUAGACUAGAAUAUGUUGCUAAAAAACAAUUCACCAAUUUCAUAAUACAUUCUAGCAGGUAGAUCUUUCUAAGAAUACCGAUUUGCUAAUUAAAUCAUGAUCCAGAUAAUUCUUGCAACGGAAGCUAUAGAAUCAAAGGAGAGUAUAUUUGAUAAAGAAUUGCAAAAUAUAUUAAAGAAGUUGGUUAAGAAAGAUAAACAAAUUAUUUACAAUCCCUAAGAUUCUCUUCUCUUUCAAUAUUUGGAGAAAUAUUUUAAUAAAAACUUCUAUUCAUCAAAUUAGAUUCAUAAGGAGAAAUUAAGCUAAAUAUAUGAUAAACUAGUUGCAUUUAAUAUUGGGAAAAGAAAAUAAAAUUUAUGA